AUGUGUGCCUACUUCCCCCCAGAUUCAAGUUCUGGCAUGCCGCCGCCAGCAGCGGCAGCUUCGAACUUCCCCGUCGCCGGCAGACUUGUGCGCGGCUGCGAUCUUCCGGCGUUCUCGGGGAAGCAAGUUUCGCUGCUGGGCACUUUGCUGCAGCUGCAGGGCAGCGUGGCGGCGAUCCGCGCGGUAGACGGCCUCGACAUCUCCUGCACGCUCGCCUGCCCGCCCACCGCGGCCCUCCAGAGCCCCGUCAUUGCCUGCGGAGAGGCCCAGGGAACUUCUCUUGUAAAUUGUUUUCGUUUAAUUCCUUUAGGCGGAGAAAUUGACAAAGAAGCAGCAGAAAAAGUCCUCGCCUACAUGCAGCACCCAGGCCUGCAGGAUCUGUACACCCCAGCCCCAGUGCCGCCGCCGCAGUAG